AUGAAGUCGCUGCGCUCCGUUUCCGCCGAGGCCCUGGCCUCGGACGCGCAGGUGGCCCGGCAGAGCCUGGAGAGCGUGGCCCACAACCUCUACCCGCUCCUGUUCAAAGCCAGCUACUUGCUGGAGCAGGCGGACGUGAUCCACGACCUGCUGGCGCGCUGGCCGCUGGAGGAGUUCCGGCUGGGUGCGCUGCUGGGACCGAGCGCCGAGCACCCCGCCGACCUGCGCGAGCGCGCCUGCAGGGUGUGCUUGGAGGCCUGCGUGCGCGGCCUCGCGGCCUCGGGGCCUCGGCGGCUGAGGGUGGCCGACCUCACGGGCAUCCGCGACGUGCAGGUGCCGCAGUGCCCCUGCGGGAGGACGCUGGGCAGAUGGGGCCGCACGGCGCUGCUGGCCAGGACCUGCUGCGAGCUGCAGGCGGAGCGCUGCGCGCCAGGGCGCCCGGUCGAGGUGCUCGCCGACCUCUUCGUCACAGAUGGCAACUUCGAGGCGGUGGUGCAGGCCCUGCAGCCGGCAGGCCCGGCCCCGCUGCGUCUGCGCUGCCUCUCCUUCCGGGCAGACAGCCUGGGCCCAGGGCAACUCCUGCACGUGCUGCGGCUGGCGGGGCCGGGCGCGCUGCGCAAGCUCGAGGUGGUGCACAAUGUUCGCCUGCACACUGGCCUCGUGGAGCAGCUGCUGGGCAGGGUGGGCUUCCCCCAGCUGGUCUCGCUCACUCUGCCCGCCAGGGCCCUGGACGGCGAGGAUCCCCACCUGGCUGCCGUCGCCCGUGCGCUCAGCCAGAUGACGCAGCUCACCGAGCUGAGCGUGGCCUUCUCCAACCUGACCGGGAAGAUCCAGAGCCUGCUCGGCCCCCUCCAGACCCCGCUGAGAGCCCUGGACCUGGGCAACUGCGCCCUGAACCACGCGGACAUGGCCUUCCUGGCGAGCUGCCCCCAUGCUUCCCGCCUGGAGGUGCUGGACCUCAGCGGGCACGAGCUGGCCGGUCUGUACCCGGCGACGUUCUGCAGGCUGCUGGGCCGCGCGGCCGGGACGCUGAGGGUGCUCACGCUGGAGGAGUGCGGCAUCGCAGACAGCCACGUGAGCGUGGUAGCCCUGGCCCUGAGCCCCUGCCUGGCGCUCCAGGAGCUCAGGUUCCUCGGGAACCCGCUGUCCGCCCGCGCCCUGGAGCGCCUCUUUGCGGCCUUGUGCGCGCUGCCCGAGCUGCGGUGCGUGGAGUUCCCGGUGCCCAAGGACUGCUAUCCCGAGGGCGCCGCCUACCCGGAAGACCCGGGGGCAUCCGGGUUCGACCGGCAGAAAUACGAUCUGAUUGCUGAGCAGCUCCGCGCGCUGCUGCUGCGCGCCGGCCGGGAGGACAUCCGCAUCUCCUCGCCACUCUUCGGAAGUUUCGACCCGGACAUUCAAGAAACGAGCAACGAACUUGGAGCUUUCUUGUUACAAGCUUUCAAAAGCGCUCUGGAGAAGUUUUCUAGGGCACUGAAGCAGAUGGAGUAGGUCCCUGGCGCCGGCCUGGAUCGAGGCUGAGCCCAGCCUUCCCUCCACCAUCGAGGCACUUGCCGGGUGGAAACGGGCCUGGCUUAGGGUUA